UCGCCAAUCGGAAAUUAGUUCUUCUGUCACAUGACCAAACACGGAAACGAGGCGUCAGAGACACAGCCGAUUGUUUUCCCAAUAACUGAUUUGUUAAAUUGCACAGUUUCCAAAGGGGCUAUGGCAACAACGGACUGGCACCUGUCGUUGAAAGUGGUGGACCAGCCCAAGCUUCUCUUUCAGUUCCCCGAAGCAGAACCAGGAGACGUUCCUCCCGGUGGCUACAGAAUCGCCACUUUGAAGCAACUGGUCGCGGCCCAACUGUCCGAAACCAUACCAGACCCAGAACUAAUAGAAUUUGUGCACUGCGGCCGCAAGCUGAAGGAUGAGCAGACUCUGGACUCCUACGGCAUCCUUUCCGGCUCCACGCUACACAUACUCAGGAAAUCCUGGGCGGAGCCUGCUGCCAAUUCAGAGCCGGUGAAUAAGGCCUCUUCUGCCAGAGAGUUCCGCUUGCUACACGCAGCUCUGCACUCCAAUGCAGUCUACAGAGACAGGCUCUUCAAGGUUCUGGCCAGCAAGGAGUCUCUGGACCAAAUCAUCAUGUCCACGCCUGGCCUGAGCUCAGAUGCAGUCGCUAUGGGUGUGCUUCAGGAUCGGGAUCUCUUCAUGCAGUUUGUGGACCCUGCCAUGCUAGACAGGUUGUCCCAGUCUCACCCUGCGCUGGUCCAUGCGGUGACUCUGGUUCUGGACUUCGUAUCGGGCAACAUGGCGGCUCAGGCUGGCACCAGCGCCGGCACCAGCACGGCCCGCAACGCCACCGGCAGCUCCUAUAGCGACAUGCCAGGUGGCUUCCUGUUUGAGGGCAUGUCAGAUGAUGAUGACGACUUCCAGUCGGGUGGUCAGGGAGGCAGCUCCAGGAGGCCUGGCGGCUCAGGGCUGCGUCCAGCCAGCUUAGCCCACACAGGAGCCACCGGACCCAGGCCCAUCACCCAGGCCGAGCUGGCCACCGCCCUGGCCCUCGCUAGCACGCCCGAGAGCAGUGCCGUCACACCCACCACGGGACAGUCCGAGGGUUCGUCGGGCGGAACAUCACGAGCAGCCGGAACCCCCGUGACCUCCGACCUCUUCAGCCAGGCUCUGCAGCAGGCCCUCCAGGCAUCCAGCAUGCCCAGCACUGCACCACAGCCGGGCCGCUGGCAAUCCCAAAUGCAGCAGCUGAGGGACAUGGGCAUCCAGGACGAGGAGCUAAUGCUACGUGCGCUACAGGCCACCAACGGAGACAUCCAGGCCGCCCUAGAGCUCAUCUUCGCUGGAGGAGCAGGCCUCUGAGGAGCCCAUGUGAUGGGGGAUAGGGGGGGGUAGAUGGGGUUAGUAUUGUUGCUGGGUGGGGUAUUACAAGCAGAGUUGUACGAAGUAGAAGUACUCUUUCAAAUGUAAUACCAACCAGGGCUCUAAAUUAAUGUUUUUCAUUACCAGCCAGGGGUCCGUAUCUCGAAAGCGUCUUUGCUAACGACGGUAGCAACGUCCUUCGUAAGAGCGACUCAACUCCCUCUCAACAGCGACGCUCACCACUAAAUCCAAGGGAACGAUAAGACGGUCUUAAGACGGUCGUAGACGGUUAGCAAUGACAAGAAUCGAGAAACGGACCCCAGAAUGGCUAGUCGAUGCUGAUCUUGGGUAGGGUCAAAGCGACUAGUAAGUUGUCUUUUCUAUCAGCCAAACUGAAAAUGUUCCAACAUUUGGCCGGUUGGCAGUUGUUCAUUUAGAGCCCUUAUUACAACACAAGUAGUAUGAUAUUACCUGGUUUCAACUUUGUGAUAUCAUACUACGGAUGCUGUGAUUACAUCUGUAAGACUGCUACUUUAUACAACUCUGUUUACAAGUCUAAAUGGGUGGAGUGGGGAGGGGUGUUGAAACACAAACAAAGAGGAUACAUAAAAAAAGAGCUAAAUGUCGAUGACUAUGACAACAGUUAAGAUAAAAGAUAAGUAAAAAGAGAGAAAUGACAAUGACUUUGACAACAGUUACUUGAAGCACACUAGGACUCAAAGCCUUAAGACCUCUCAUUCUUUUUAAUGGAUAUUUUCUUUCCCCCCCUCUCCCUCUCUCCCUAAAAUUUCCCGACCAAAGGAGGUCUCAUAGUACAAGGGCUGUAUUUGAUUGUUUGGAUCUUUUUGUGGUUUUAGUAGACUUUGAAGUAAUAAAUGGUUCAUACAAUAAUG